UCCUGCUUCGUCGAGUGAGAUAAUUGCUCGCAGACAUGUUGGGCGGUAAAAUGGCAGGCCUUACGUGGGCGUCUCUCAAGAAAAAUUCGAUGCUUCUGGCGAUGCAAGAUAAGGAGAGAUACAUGGCUCAACCACCGAAGUACUGAACCCCGUGUAUACUUUGUCCCGAUUCUAUAGUGAUGCCAGCGAUAGGAAACGAAGAAUCGGUGUCGUCACCGAAUCGCGUCCACGACCGAAUUUUCUCGCGACCGUGCCGAGCGAUUCGACGAGACACCCGAUUCCGACGCGUAUUCGAUACGUUGUACCCGAUUAGUUUCGUAUUUCGAUUAAAUACGACGCGAUCGACGAUACGUCGAUGGUCGUCUCUGUGAUACGGGCCGAGUAUUUUUAUCUCCCACCACCGAACCUCUUCUACCUACCUCCUCUUCUGCUGCUACUGCUGGUGCUGCGUGUACGUGUGCACGUACGUACACGUAUGACUACCUACCUACCAGCACCCGUACGUGACUGUAUGUAUACGUAUCCACCCGCGACGACGCUGUCGUUCGUGCUGUGUGUGUCGUCUCGCCGUCCGUGAUUUUCCGUCUGUUCGGCAGAGGUUGGGCGUUUUAGUAUUUGGUGUCUUUGAUGCUGCUUCGCUGUUAUUGCUGCUAGACGGGUGAUAUAAUGGCGUCUUUUGGCAGUGUUUUUUUGUCGAUCGGUCUGUUCUGCGUCUUGUUCUUCCGCGUCGAUCGAUGUUCUGCGGCAGCCGACGAACCAGAGCACGAGGAUCCUUUGCGACGAUUUCCAAACUCUCUGCGUGAACUGGACAAGCCAUUUCGCGUGGCGAGAUUGAACGUGUUGUGGGCAAAAGCGAAGAAUCGAUUGACCGAUACCAAACUGCGAUCCAUCUUCAGUGAUCUCAAGAUUCAAGAUGAGGAGGAGAUCGCGUACAAACACUUCCGAGCCGAGGGCAAAGAUCCGUACGGCGAGCGAGAAUCGCGUUUGCGAAGUAAACUGAUAGGGAUCAUGAGCACUUACGGGAUGUUGGAGCGUUUCGAGGAUACCGAGGAUCCGGUGUUGUUGCAUCGACAUCGUGCUUUGAACGAUGGUAAGAAUGAUUAUCUUCGUCGAGACGUUUUCAAAGACGCGAGGUUGAACAAAUUAUGGGCCGAAGCUGAGACGGCAGGCUUUACGGACGAGGAACUGCGAGCUUUGAAGGAAGAGUUUCGACGCCAUCAGGAGAGAGUGGAAGAGUACACGCGUCUGUUGAGAGACGUUGGAACUGAUGACCCGCCUCAGAACCGUCGUUCGCCCGACCGACGAUUCGCUGCUGACCACGGGAACGAAAUCGAAGCCGAGGAGGAAGAGAUUUCGAACGACGUGCGAUCCGAACGUGAGCCGUCGGAUCACCUGGAAAAAGCGACUCUCUUGAGGGAGAAACAUUUGGAACUUAAGGACGGAUACGAUCGUUUGGACAGAUUGACUGGCAAGGGUCCGAACCAUAAACGAUUCGUCGAACCCAAAGUGCAAGGCUUGUGGCGUGUCGUCUUGGAAGCUGAUUUUUCUCCCGAAGAACGAGCGUCCUUGAGGGACGAACUGAUGCAUUACGAGGGGAGGUUGCUCAAGUUGAGGCAUUACCAUACGGAGGCCGCUCUGGAAGCCGCGCAUCGAGGGAAAACGUUCGAUUCCCAGCGAAACUCUACUUUGGAACACAGGAUAAAGAAACACGCGAGAACCGUCGAGAAGCUUCAUGCGGAUCUUGAAGCAAAGAUUGUACGAAGACACUCCGAACUUUGACAAUGACGGACGGGAUAGUUGUAGAGACUCGUAAUCGGUGGAUGUUAGUCGUUGGUCUCUCCUUUCGACGAGUCAUCCUUCACCGAUCUGCCGCGUCUCUGUACGCGUCUUUGUAUUUUUUACCGACUGCGUCGCAUCUGCUUUAUUAAAAUAUUGCUUGUACCGUUUA